UUUAAUGUCAAACUUGUCAUAAGCAGUUUAUAGGUUAUAAUCCUCAAUUAAAAUCAAAUAAAUCCGGUUUAAGAAGUAAUGGGUCGCACAUUCGGCCUGGACGCAUUCCUCAACCUCCAUCGCGACCAACUGACCUCAUCCGGAAUCCCGGAAAUCUAUUGGAGCACCCUAAACGAAAAAAUUCAAACCCAACUUUUCAAUGCCGGCGAAACGUUCCAACUCCUCCAAAUCGACUAUGAACGUGAACGCCUGCCCCACGAGCCGGCAUGGGGCCUACAAGCAAUCACCGACAUAGAUAAGUCCGACCCCAAACACAUUUACUUAAUCGAUCAUGCAUGGACAUUUCGAGUGAGCCACGCGAAAAAUCAACUCCUCCAAUUCGACUCUCUUCGGAGCCGUUUGUGCAAUAUUCUGGGUUUAAACGAUAAUCUACCGAAAGAGGAGGUCGCAGAGCGGGUUUUCACCGACAUUUGGAAACUUUGCAACACUUAUUCAAUCGGAAACGCGGAAAAUAUCGAAGAGCGAUUGCCCGUUUGGUAUGUUAUGGACGAAAUCGGCUCGGCUGUGAUGCAUAGUGAUACUCCGAAUUGUAGAGUCGUGCCUUUUGUACACGUGGAUGCGCAAAUUACCUAUUCAUUGCUUUUCCCAAUUGCGGAUGUUUCAGAAGAAGAGUUUAUUUUUGCGGAUUUUGCUGAAGGGGUCCAGGAUUUGGUCCAAAAACGGGCCGCUUUAUUACCCUGGGUGCCCCACGAGUUUGACAUGAGUUUCGAGCCCGAAAUGCCAGGCCCGGACUACUACUUAAGCGGCCACAUCAAGGAGAGUUUACCCGAUUUGAGUCAGUUAAAUCAAUCGCAAAAUAAACGCGACAAGUACAAAGUUUUCACCGAAUAUAGUCUCAUAAAAGAAUUUUUGACUGAUACAAGAUUCGAGUUUGUCGACGAAGAGGACAAGGCAGAUAUUUUGUGGCUCACGUGCCAUUUUAAAGACUUUUCCAAAUUGAGUGAAGCUCCUCAAAAAUUCGUUAAUCAAUUUCCAUUUGAGUACGUCAUAACAGUCAAGGAUUUACUCUGUUUGACUUGUCGCAAAUCGGCCAAAACGCAAAACCACUCAAUGGAAUCCUCGAAAUGGUUUCCAGUAACUUACAAUCUAAGGACCGAAAUUGGUAACUUUGUGAGUUACUUUCAACAUCGCAAAGGUCAAGAAAAUUUCUGGAUCAUCAAACCAUACAAUUUAGCCCGGAGUUUAGACAUCCACAUCACCGAUAAUCUCAAUUACAUAAUGAGACUCCCCGCAACAGGGCCCAAAAUAGCCCAAAAAUACAUCAGCAACCCGGUUUUGUUCAACCGACCUGAAUGCGGCUCUGUUAAAUUUGAUAUUCGUUACGUGAUCCUCCUCAAAAGUGUUAAACCCCUAAAAGCGUACGUUUACAGCGAGUUUUUUGUGCGUUUUGCUAACAAACCGUUUGAAUUGAAAGACUUUCACGACUUUGAAAAACAUUUCACUGUGAUGAAUUAUGAACAAAAUGUCGAACUCAAACAUAUGCUAUGCUCCGAAUUUCGGAUUUUUUGGGAACAACAGUACCCGAAUUUCGCUUGGGAGGGUAUACAAAAAUCAAUUUUGGGGGUCCUCAGAACCGUAUUAGAGGGUGCUGUUAAGGAAGAGCCCCCUUGUGGAAUUGCCCACAGUCCACAAUCUCGGGCUUUGUACGCCGCCGAUUUAAUGCUGGAGUGGGGAGAGUCCCGAGAAAUCCAGCCUAAAUUGUUAGAAAUUAACUGGACUCCAGAUUGCAAAAGGGCAUGCCAGUAUUAUCCAAACUUUUACAACGAUAUUUUCAAACUGUUAUUCCUGGAUGAAAGUUCGAAUGUUUUUAUCAAAUUGUAAAAAAUAGUCUAUUUUUGUUAAAAAAAACAAUUUAUUUUGAAUAAACUUAUUAUACAUCUUA